AUGAGUUCCAGCCCUUCGCUUCCUUGUUUGGUCGCCUGGCAUCCCAGUCCAAACGUGCAGCUACAGCGCCAAAGAACAAAUCCAAGCCAGCGAAGCCGCAGGACAGCCGGACCGUUAAUUGGGUUGCUGGGGUCAUGGUUUUUGGUUCAACCAACAGAACAGGGCCUCAACUCAACAUCAAAGCCCCAGGAGAGCGCGGAAAAGGCCCAGCCCGCGCCAAAGAAUCCGGGGAAGACGCGCAACAAACGGGCAGUGGGAACAACUCCGUCAACAUCGAACCACCAGUCGGAAGCAUCAGAAGCGACUACGAAGAAGAGGCGAACCGAUGUCGCCAAUGAUGGCAAUGGCGGCGGCGGCGGAGACUCCGAGUUGAUUGAGAAGUUCCAAGCGAUGUUUGCCGAUUGCAUCCUCCUGACUGGCGUGACAUCCUCGGACGAACAGGCCUUUGGCCAGUGGAGCAGAGAGAAAUUGAAGACUAUCCAGGAUGCUCGAUCUCAGAUGUAUACAAAGAAGAAAUCUCUGAAGCGCCGAAGCUCCCAGAUGUCGGAGGACGUGGGCAGUGCGCUAGACGAGUUCAUGAACAAUUUGAGUCGGGUGGCGGACCUCGUGAAAAAGAUCUCAGUAGGAUGCCCAGAAGGACGGCACGUGUACGAGGCGUUGUCAAGCCUUUGUGAGGAGCUUCAUGUUGAAGUCUCGCCUGCAGUGUGGAUGCGAGCACUGAGAGCAAUGGCGUUCGACAAUCUGAAGACAAAGGCUUGGAAAGAGUUCUUCGUCGACACGUGGACCCUCUGCCUCCAGCACCUACCUUCGGAAUCCGGCUUCUUUAACCUGGUGACCUCACAGCUUCUGCAACGCUUGAUCAAGGCCAUUUCGACAGCCAAGGGUGUGACACAGGAGUCGCUGGCGGUGGUCCGGUCGUUCGUGGAGGCUAUGGCCGAGCAGCAGAACAUUGAGAAAACUUUGCCGCGUGACAUGAGUCUCGACGACCAUUCGCGCAUGGUGAACUCGGUUAAGAUCGUCUUGGAUUUCAAUUCGUCGCCAAGCACGGUCCAAGCUGCAAUAGAAGAGAUCAAGCAGAACGUGGAACAGCAUUGGGCAGCGGGGCCAUUCGAACUUGGACACGGGAAAAAAAUCAUUGAGACAGCGCUUGCUAACUCCAAGACCAAGGAGUCCGUGGCGGGGGUGCUCGACAUGAUUGGCGAAGCGGCGACGUUGGUGUCAUUGAAGGCAGCUUUCAGCCAGGACCACGGUGCGCAGGUCACGGCCUAUUUGCGGAAGUUGCACGACAAGCCUGUCAAGUGUUUGCGCGGUGCCGAUCGGGAUAAGCUACUUCGUGUUCAGAAGACUGCUAAGCAAGCAGUUUUGGCGAUUGUGUUUGGCUGCCUGAACAAUGAGCUUCUGCCCUAUCUGAACGAGCUAAGCCGUUGCCUUUCAGCGAAGGAGACCUGUGCAUCAACAAUGUUGCCAUCGAGCUGUUGCAUCAUGCAGCUUGCUGACGAUUGCGGUCAGUACUGUAGCAACGGCGAGGGGAUGGUCUUGAACAAGCUGAAGGACUUGAGCGAGUUCGCAUCAACUCUGGCUGAGAAGUGCAGCGCAGAGUCAGUUCCAGAGGCGGAAGCAUCAGCUUUGUCAUCGCAGUGGAAAACUAAGGCCUGGAUUUUCAACAGGACGCUGGACAUUUGUGCCACCAAGGCUACCGCCGCCGCCCCAGACGGCGAGGAUGCAACGAGGAUGGCAUCCAUUUUGACGACGGUCCAAUCGUCGUGUGACACGGUGAGCAGUGCUAUCGAUAUUGCAUUGCGAGGUCAUGUGAAAGACAAAGCCAUGUCAAACAUCGACGAGCUCAUCAAAACUGUCGUGGCGGUGGUGUCGAAUGUCGAUGGGCCCGGUCCGACUGCUGAGGACACGACGAACUUCUUUGCCAAGAUCGAAGCAGCCAAGCUGGCGUCAACAGUCUUAGGCGAGGAUGGAGCCACAGUCAGGAAUGGCACCGAAGCACUGGCUCUGCUAUACACGUGCCUCACAAGCAGUGUAUCUGCUCGUGAUCGAGAACCCAACACGGUGAUCGAGGAGAAGAUCAUCGUCGACUUCAUCAUGUCGUGCAACAAAUUGGUUGACAUGGAUUACUCAGAUGCAUGGGCCAAGCUGAACUCAGUGACUACAGUAGUUUCGGACGAAGCGCUGGCUAUCUUGACUCAGUCAGCAACAACCAUGCGCGACCUGAGGGACACCGAGUUCACAACGCUGUCGACUGCAAUCAAGGAGCAUCUGGACGGUGCGGCAAUCGACGAAAGCACGGUCGAGAUUCAUGAUGGCAUCUACGCGAUCGAGUCAUUCGAUGACAUUGCAAAGACCAAGGACUCCUUGACAGAUGUCCACUUCAGUAUGUCAAAAACCACUGAGGUCUCUACUCAAGCUACGAAGCUCGAGGAAGCGAUUCGGCAUGCCAAGGAGAUUGCGUCUGGCAUGGGUAUGAAGGUUGAAGACGUGGUGCCCAACCUCGUGAACCAUGAGACUAGCUACCGGAGUGCUUUGAAGUGGCUGGUCACAGGCAACAUGCUUUACUCGUUGACCAGCAAGGCCGUGCGAAGGGCUUUGCAGACCCAGACAAAGCCAAAUGGGAAAGCAAUCACUUCGCUGAAAGAUGCCCUCGCUGCAGCGGCGGACAACAACUUGGAGGUCCCUGUGUCGCUGCAGGCACUUGCGUCGAAGAUCAUUCAGUUCGACGUGAAGGCGGAGGCCCAAGCCAAUGCAGCACAGUGA